AGGAGCAACAUCUAAGUCGAGCAAUGAAUAAUUGAAGUGUUCUGGGUUUAACGUCUGAUUUUUUUUUGAAAAAUUGUGUUUAGUGUUUAUAGUGAAAGUGACGAAAUAUUGAAAAACAAUAGCAAAUAUGUGUUCAAAAUUUGUGUUGGUGUUCGCAUUAUGCGCCCUUGUGGAUUAUUCGUUGGCUUCGGUUAUUCGAGAGAAGGUGCAUAAGAAGGAAGACUACAGUGCAUACUUCAAGACACUGACAGCAUAUCGUAACAGACUGCAGUUAGAAGGAUUAUACCCGAAAUCUAAAAUAGGGAAUCAUCCAAUCAACGCACAACACUUUGAUGAGCUCGAAGUACUGCAGCUUAUUCCAGUUACAAUCAAGCAACUCCGUCAGCAUGAACUGAGCAUCCAGGAGUUGCUUGCUCUUCAAAAAGUCUUCGGCAGUUUCUGGGACUUGAUCGAAGAGGAUGCCCAUCGCAAACGUUCCGAGCCGCGUAGUGAGCUUCUGUCCGACUUGUUGAGUUCCCGCGAGGUACGUUUUGGAAAGCAGGAAAUUCGCGAACACCUUAAGAACGACGUCAAAGGCAACUCCGUUCAGAUGGUGUACAAUACAGACGCUUCACGAACGAUCAAAUUUGCCGACGAUUCCUCUACCAGUCCCUCCCAAAGGAUUCUUCGCAUGAUAGCUGCAAUCUGUCAGCAAGUGUACAAGAAUCGUCCAGCGCAGAAAUCGCGUAACAAGCGGUCAGACUCGAUCAACCUGGAAAACGUAAAAGUAACCAUUAAAGUUCCUCGAUCGAAGCGAUCGUUGCACUUGAGUGGAUUGCCGAGCAAAAAAGCACCUGGUCUGAGCAAGGAGGAGCAGAGGCGUGUCGACGAGGCGAACGAAGCGGCAAUUAUGGAGGCACUUAUGGCGCAGAUUGGAAACAAUGGAGUAGACCACGACGAGGAGGACGAUGAUUACUACGAAGACGACGAAGACUACCUGUCGGAGCACACUAAAUCUAACGAAUCCACCGUUACGGAGCAAGCUGGGAGCGUUGAAGAGGACAAAACUGAACGGGAUUCCAACUCCAACAAUCAGUUGGAAGGGCGUUCACCUGACUAUGCAUACGAUGAAGGUGAACCCGACGACGAUUACAGCAUGACCGAUUUCAAACCGAGAUUUAGUGUUGGAGAUUUCGAAAAUGCGUCGGUAAACGAAUUGAUUAUGCUGGCAAUGCGACAUAAAGCACGGAAACAGAGCGAGCAGAGUUCAAAAUUUAAAUUCGCAAGUAGAUAAGUGUGAAGGAGAUUUUUGUGUGUGAAAACGGAGGAUCAAUCGUACAAACAGAAUUGUAAAUAUGAUGUAGUGUUUAAGAAUGUAAAUAUUCGUUAAAUUUCAAUCAAACGGGAAGAUGCACAUAUAUGUAUAGCUAAUUCAGUACUAGAACCAGUUAUUGUGUAAAUAUAUCCUUAAUAAAUAAUUGAAAAUGUA